GCAGUUUUCCCCUCUUCCAGCCCGGUCCCCUCCGAUGCUCCCCCUCCCAGAGUGGGGAAGUGGAAGGUGGGUGGGGGGCGAAGCGAGCUCGGCAAGUGAUUAAUCCCCGGGAUAAUAAAACUCCCCUUUCCCCGGGGACCCUCCGCCGCUGAUCCUGCAAAGCUCGAUUGGAGAGAGUCAUUUUCAGAGAGCGAAGCCCUCCUCUCCCCGAGCCAGCGGAGACUUGGUUCAUUCCAGCCGCAGCAGCUCAGGGCUUCCACGUAUUAGGGAUUUUUCCGAGCAGAAAAAAAGCUCUCUCCUGACCUCCUUUCUCCUCCUCCGCCCGGUCGGAGCCUCAGCCUUCCUUCGCCGAGCCCGACCCGGCCAUGAAGCCCUCGUCGGGAUGGGAGCCCAGGGGCUGCGGCGGCCCCGAUCCGAGCGUACGGAGCGAAUCCGGGAUGAGGGCUCCCGUGCGGGCUGGAGGGAGUCGCCUGCUGCUCCUAUGCUGGGGGCUGCUCACCGCCUCGGCCACCGGCCAGAAUUGCACCUUCAAUUUGCAAGGCCCCAAUGGAACAGUCGAGAGCCCUGGAUUCCCGUAUGGUUAUCCCAACUACGCCAACUGCACAUGGAUCAUCACAGCCGAGGAACAGAAUAGGAUACAGCUUGUGUUCCACUCCUUCGCACUGGAAGAAGACUUUGAUGUAUUGUCGGUUUUUGAUGGAGUACCAGAGCAGGGGAAUCUUCGAACAAGGUUAACAGGUUUCCAGCUUCCUGCCCCCAUUGUCAGCACAGGUGUCGUCCUCUCUCUGUGGCUUGUGAGUGACUAUGCCGUCAGUGCCCAAGGCUUUCAUGCCAACUAUGAAGUUCUCCCCAGUCACACAUGUGGGAACCCAGGAAGACUCCCCAAUGGCAUCCAACAGGGCACAACUUUCAAUCUGGGAGAUAAGGUCCGCUACAGCUGCAACACUGGCUUCUUUCUGGAGGGUCAUGCAGUGCUCACCUGCCAUGCCAGCUCUGAGAAUAGUGCCACGUGGGACUUUCCUUUGCCCACCUGCCGAGCGGAUGAUGCCUGUGGGGGGACCCUGAGGGGCCAGAGUGGCAUCAUCUCCAGCCCGCACUUCCCCUCUGAGUAUGGAAACAAUGCUGAUUGCACGUGGACCAUCCUUGCAGAGCUGGGAGACACCAUUGCCCUAGUCUUUAUCGACUUCCAGUUGGAGGAUGGCUAUGACUUUCUGGAAGUUACUGGGACAGAAGGCUCCUCACUUUGGUUCACUGGAGCCAGCCUUCCUCCCCCAGUUAUCAGCAGUAAGAACUGGCUCCGCCUUCACUUCACAUCUGAUGGCAACCACAGGCUGAAGGGAUUCAGUGCGCAAUACCAAGUCAAGAAGCAAAUCGAGCUGAAAUCUCGAGGAGUAAAGCUGAUGCCCAGCAAAGAUAAUAACCAGAAGACAUCUGUCUUAACUCAGGUUGGUGUGUCCCAAGGACAUAAUAUGUGUCCAGACCCUGGUAUUCCAGAAAGGGGCAAAAGACUAGGCUCAGAUUUUAGGUUAGGUUCAAGCAUCCAAUUUACCUGCAAUGAAGGCUAUGACCUACAAGGAUCCAAAAGGAUCACCUGCAUGAAAGUGAGUGACAUGUUUGCUGCUUGGAGUGAUCACCGGCCUGUCUGCAGAGCUCGAAUGUGUGAUGCUCACCUCCGUGGCCCUUCAGGCAUCAUUACAUCCCCUAACUUCCCCAUUCAGUAUGACAACAAUGCCCACUGUGUAUGGGUUAUUACAGCAAUCAACCCUGCCAAGGUGAUCAAACUCACUUUUGAGGAAUUUGACCUGGAGAGAGGCUAUGACACGCUGACUGUGGGGGAUGGUGGGCAGGAUGGGGACCAGAAAACGGUUCUCUAUGUUUUAACAGGUAACACCGUCCCAGACCUGAUUGUUAGCACCAACCAUCAAAUGUGGCUUCUCUUCCAGACAGACAGCAGUAGCAGCUCACUGGGAUUCAAAGCUUCCUAUGAAGAGAUUGAACAGGGGAGCUGCGGGGACCCUGGUGUGCCAGCCUAUGGCCGAAGGGAAGGCUCAAGGUUUCGACAUGGAGACACUCUGAAGUUUGAAUGCCAGCCUGCCUUUGAGCUGGUGGGACAGAAGGCAAUUACCUGCCAAAAGAACAAUCAGUGGUCAGCUAAGAAGCCAGGCUGUGUUUUUUCCUGCUUUUUCAACUUUACCAGCCCUUCUGGUAUUGUCCUAUCCCCGAAUUAUCCUGAGGAAUACGGUAAUCACCUGCACUGCGUAUGGCUCAUCCUUGCCAAGCCUGAGAGCCGCAUCCACUUGGCCUUCAAUGAUAUCGAUGUGGAACCUCAGUUUGAUUUCCUAGCCAUCAAAGAUGGGGCUACAGCUGAGUCUCCUGUUCUGGGCACCUUCUCAGGAAGCCAGAUCCCUUCUUCACUGACCAGCAGUGGCCAUGUGGCCCGCCUGGAGUUCCAGACAGACCACUCAACAGGGAAGAGGGGCUUUAACAUCACCUUCACCACAUUCCGACACAACGAGUGCCCUGACCCUGGUGUUCCUGUGAAUGGCAAACGGUUUGGUGACAGCCUCCAGUUGGGCAGCUCCAUCUCCUUUCUCUGUGAUGAGGGCUUCCUGGGGACUCAUGGCUCAGAGACAGUAACUUGCAUCUUAAAAGAGGGCAGUGUGGUUUGGAACAAUGCUGUGCUUCGCUGUGAAGCACCCUGUGGUGGUCACUUGACAUCUCCCAGUGGCACUAUCCUCUCCCCUGGUUGGCCGGGCUUCUACAAGGAUGCACUGAAUUGUGUGUGGGUGAUUGAAGCACAACCAGGAUACCCCAUCAAAAUCACUUUUGACAGAUUCAAAACAGAGGUCAACUAUGAUACAUUGGAGGUCCGAGAUGGACGUACAUACUCAUCACCCUUGAUAGGAGUCUAUCAUGGGACCCAAGUUCCCCAGUUCCUCAUCAGCACUAGCAACUACCUCUAUCUCCUCUUCUCUACAGAUAAGAGUCAUUCGGACAUUGGCUUCCAGAUCCGAUAUGAGACUGUGACAAUACAGUCAGACCACUGUUUAGACCCUGGGAUCCCUGUAAAUGGUCAUCGUCAUGGAAAUGACUUCUAUGUUGGUGCUUUGGUGACCUUUAGUUGUGACUCUGGCUACACUCUAAGCGAUAGUGAGGCACUGGAGUGUGAGCCCAACUUUCAGUGGAGCCGAGCCCUCCCUAGCUGUGAAGCUCUUUGUGGUGGCUUCAUCCAAGGCUCCAGUGGUACUAUACUUUCACCAGGCUUUCCUGAUUUCUAUCCCAACAAUCUGAACUGUACUUGGGUGAUAGAAACAUCACAUGGCAAAGGUGUUUACUUCACUUUUCAUACUUUUCACUUGGAGAGUGGCCAUGACUAUCUACUCAUCACUGAGAAUGGCAGCUUCACACAGCCACUGAAGCAGCUGACUGGUUCUCGGCUCCCUGCCCCAAUAAGUGCUGGACUCUAUGGCAACUUUACAGCCCAGAUCCGAUUUGUUUCUGACUUCUCCAUGUCAUAUGAAGGAUUCAACAUCACCUUCUCAGAAUAUGACUUGGAGCCCUGUGAGGAGCCCGAGGUCCCAGCAUACAGUAUCCGGAAGGGUUUGCAGUUUGGAGUGGGCGAUGUCUUGACUUUUUCCUGCUUCCCAGGGUACCGGCUUGAGGGUGUAGCCCGAAUCACAUGCCUUGGGGGCAGACGUCGGGUGUGGAGUUCGGCUCUGCCAAGGUGUGUUGCUGAAUGUGGGUCAUCUGUAACUGGGACUCAAGGUAUCCUGCUAUCCCCCAACUUUCCUGUGAACUACAAUAACAAUCAUGAGUGUAUCUACUCCAUCCAGACUCAGCCAGGAAAAGGGAUUCAGCUUAAAGCUAAGACAUUUGACCUCUAUGAAGGAGACAUUCUCAAGGUCUAUGAUGGCAGCAAUAAUUCUGCUCGCUUGUUGGGUGUGUUCAGUCGAACAGAGAUGCUGGGGGUCAGUUUAAACAGCACAUCCAGCAGCCUGUGGCUUGAUUUUAUUACUGACUCUGAGAAUACCAGCAAGGGAUUUGAACUUCAGUUUUCCAGUUUUGAUCUCAUCAGAUGUGAGGAUCCUGGAAUCCCCCAAUUUGGCUACAAAGUACAUGAUGGAGGCCACUUUGCAGGAAGCUCAGUGUCCUUCAGCUGUGAUCCUGGGUACACUCUACGAGGAAGUCCAGUUUUGAUGUGCCUGACUGGAGAGCGCAGGGCCUGGGAUAGACCUCUCCCCAUCUGCAUUGCUGAAUGUGGAGGUACUAUCAAAGGAGAGGUAUCUGGACAAGUGUUGUCACCUGGGUAUCCAGCUCCUUAUGACCACAAUCUCAACUGUGUUUGGACUAUUGAAGCUGAUGCUGGGUGCACCAUUGGGCUCCAUUUCCUGGUGUUUGACACAGAAGAGGUCCAUGAUGUGCUGCGGAUCUGGGAUGGACCUGUAGAGAGUGGGAUCCUGCUAAAGGAGCUGAGUGGUCCCAUGCUUCCCAGCAAUAUCCACAGCACGUUCAGCUCUGUGGUCCUCCAAUUCAACACUGAUUUCUUUACCAGUAAGCAGGGCUUUGCCAUUCAGUUCGCAGUGUCUACAGCAACCUCCUGUAAUGACCCUGGGGUUCCUCAAAAUGGCAGUCGGAGUGGUGAUAGCCGGGAAGCAGGUGACUCUAUUGUAUUCCAGUGUGACCCUGGUUAUGCUCUCCAGGGAAUGGCCCAGAUCAGCUGUGUCAAGAUUGAGAACAGAUUCUUCUGGCAGCCGGACCCCCCUACAUGCAUUGCUCCUUGUGGUGGUGAUCUGACAGGACCUUCAGGGGUUAUUCUGUCCCCAAAUUAUCCCGAACCUUACCCUCCAGGCAAAGAAUGUGACUGGAAAGUGACCGUCUCUCCUGACUAUGUCAUCGCUCUGGUGUUUAACACCUUUAACUUGGAACCUGGCUAUGACUUUCUUCACAUCUAUGAUGGGGUGGACUCCCAUAGUCCCCUGAUUGGGAGCUUCUAUGGCUCUCAGCUCCCAGACCGAAUUGAGAGCAGCAGCAACAGUCUAUUCCUGGCCUUCCGUAGUGAUGCAUCUGUGAGCAAUUUGGGCUUCGUCAUCGAUUACACAGAAAAUCCCCGCGAGUCAUGUUUUGAUCCUGGUUCUAUUAAGAAUGGAACUCGAACGGGAACAGACUUGAAGUUGGGUUCCACCAUCACAUACUACUGUAAUGGAGGUUAUGUGAUUGAGGGCGCCUCCACACUGACCUGCAUCCUGGCAGCAGAUGGGAAGCCUAUAUGGAACAAGCCUCGACCCAUCUGCACAGCACCUUGUGGAGGCCAGUAUGUGGGUUCUGAUGGGGUUGUAUUAUCCCCCAACUACCCUCAGAAUUAUACACGUGGACAAGUCUGCCUGUAUUUUAUCGUGGUGCCAAAGGACUAUGUGGUAUUUGGCCAGUUUGCCUUCUUUCACACAGCCCUUAAUGAUGUAGUAGAAGUUCAUGAUGGACACAAUCAGCAUUCCAGGCUCCUGAGCUCCCUUUCCGGCUCCCACACAGGAGAAUCACUGCCCUUGGCCACCUCUAAUCAAGUGCUCAUUAAGUUCAGUGCCAAAGGCCAAGCAACGGCUAGAGGAUUUCACUUUGUCUACCAAGCGGUACCUCGAACUAGUGCCACACAGUGUAGCUCUGUGCCUGAACCCCGAUAUGGCAGGAGGAUUGGAAGUGAUUUCUCAGUGGGGGCUGUCGUCCGCUUCGAGUGCAACUCUGGAUAUUCUCUACAGGGUUCCCGUUAUAUUGAGUGCCUUACAGUGCCUGGGGCACUAGCUCAGUGGAAUGUUUCUGUUCCCACCUGUGUAGUGCCUUGUGGAGGGAACCUCACAGAGCGCAAAGGAACAAUUCUGUCUCCUGGCUUCCCGGAGCCUUACCUGAACAGUCUCAAUUGUGUGUGGAAGAUCACUGUCCCAGAGGGAGCUGGCAUACAGAUUCAAGUCAUCAGUUUUGUCACUGAGCAGAAUUGGGAUUCCCUCGAGGUUUUUGAUGGUGCAGACAACACAGUGACCAUGUUGGGGAGCUUCUCAGGAACAACCGUGCCUGCCCUUCUGAACAGCACUUCCAAUCACCUCUACCUGCAUUUCUACUCAGACAUCAGUGUGUCUGCUGCUGGCUUCCACCUGGAGUAUAAAACUGUGGGCUUGUCUAGCUGUCCAGAACCCACUGUGCCCAGUAACGGGAUGAAGAUUGGCGAGCGAUACCUAGUGAAUGAUGUGGUCUCUUUUCAGUGUGAGCCCGGAUAUGCACUCCAGGGCCACUCUCAUAUUUCCUGCAUGCCAGGAACUGUGCGGCGAUGGAAUUACCCACCUCCACUCUGUAUAGCUCAGUGUGGGGGAACUGUUGAAGAGAUGGAAGGGGUUAUCCUGAGCCCUGGAUUUCCAGGAAACUACCCCAGCAACAUGGAUUGCUCCUGGAUGAUAACACUACCUGUGGGCUUUGGAGCACAUGUACAAUUCUUGAACUUCUCCACUGAGCCCAACCAUGACUUCAUUGAAAUUCGAAAUGGCCCCUAUGAAACUAGCCAUGUGAUUGGAAAGUUCAGCGGGAAUGACUUGCCAGGCUCCCUGCUCUCAACAUCCCAUGAGACAACAGUCUAUUUUCACAGUGACCAUUCACAGAACCGUCCAGGAUUUAAGCUGGAAUAUCAAGCCUAUGAGCUCCAAGAGUGCCCAGACCCGGAACCCUUUGCCAAUGGCAUUGUGAGAGGAGCUGGAUACAAUGUUGGACAGUCAGUGACCUUUGAAUGCCUCCCUGGAUAUCAGUUGAUCGGCCACCCAGUGCUUACCUGCCUGCAUGGCACUAAUCGGAACUGGGAUCACCCUCUACCUAGGUGUGAAGUCCCCUGCGGAGGGAACAUCACCUCAUACAAUGGCACUGUCUACUCCCCUGGCUUCCCUAACCCAUACCCCAACUCUCAGGACUGCACCUGGCUUCUCACCGUGCCCCCUGGCCAUGGUAUUCACUUCAACUUCAGCCUGCUGCAGACGGAGCCUGACAAUGACUUCAUCACUAUCUGGGAUGGGCCCCAGCAGACAUCUCCCCAGUUGGGAGUCUUCACACGCAGCUCGACCAAGAAAAUAGCCCAGAGCUCAUCCAACCAGGUCCUGCUCAAAUUCCACAGCGAUGCAGCAGUGGGUGGGAUCUUCGUCAUUGCCUUCUCUGCUUAUCAGCUCUCCAAGUGUCCUCCUCCAACCAUCCUCCCAAAUGCUGAAGUCAUCACUGAAAAUGAAGAAUUUAAUAUAGGGGACAUUGUGAGAUACAGGUGCCUUCCUGGGUUUUCCCUGGUGGGAAGUGAAAUCCUGACGUGCAAACUUGGGACUCAUCUUCAGUUUGAAGGACCACCUCCAACCUGUGAAGUGCACUGUCCAAUGGAUGAACUCUUAACAGACUCUACUGGGGUGAUUCUUAGUCAGAGCUAUCCAGGAAGCUACCCUCAGUUCCAGACCUGCUCCUGGGUGGUGAGAGUGGAGCCUGGCUACAAUGUCUCCCUCACAGUGGAGUACUUCCUCAGUGAGAAGCAGUAUGAUGAGUUUGAAAUUUUUGAUGGUCCCUCAGGCCAGAGCCCAUUGUUGAUAGCCUUGAGUGGGAAUUAUUCAGCGCCCCUAACUGUCACCAGUUCAGGAAACAGUGUGUACCUGCGGUGGUCCUCUGACCAUGCCUACAAUCGGAAGGGCUUUAAGAUUCGCUAUGCUGCUCCCUACUGCAGUGUUCCAAGCCCUCCCCUCCAUGGCUCCAUCCUCGGCCAGCCUGGCACCCAUCCUGGGGGGUUGGUCCACUUUGGCUGCAAUGCCGGCUACCGCCUGGUUGGACACAGCAAGGCAAUGUGCUCUUGGCACCCCCAGGGCUACUACAUGUGGAAUGAGGCAAUUCCUCUCUGCCAAGCCCUCUCCUGUGGAAUUCCCAAGCCCCCCAAGAAUGGAAUUGUCUUUGGCAAGGAAUAUACAGUAGGGACCAAGGCUGUGUACAGUUGCAAUGAAGGUUUUCGCCUGCACCUGCCACCUAACGCUGAGGCAACUGCUGAGUGCCUAGAGACUGGAGUGUGGAGCAAUGACAACAUCCCCCCGCAGUGUGUGGCUGUGAGCUGCCCAGACGUCAGCAGCAUCAGCGUGGAACACGGACGGUGGCGACUGACCUAUGAGACCCAGUACCAGUUCAAUGCCGAGCUGAUGUUGAUCUGCGACCCUGGCUACUACUAUACUGGCCAGAGGGUCAUCCGCUGUCAGGCUGAUGGCAAAUGGAGCCUUGGUGAUUCGAUGCCCACAUGUCAGAUCAUCUCCUGUGGAGAUCUCCCAACACCCCCAAAUGGACAUCGGAUUGGGACACUCUCUGUCUAUGGUGCAACAGCUAUUUUCUCCUGUAAUUCAGGCUACACACUGGUGGGCUCCCGGGUACGGGAAUGUAUGGCCAAUGGCCUCUGGAGCAGCUCUGAAGUCCGUUGUCUUGCUGGACACUGUGGGACCCCUGAGCUGAUUGUCAAUGGACAAAUCAAUGGUGAGAACUACAGUUAUCGGGGCAGUGUGGUAUACCAGUGCAACCCUGGUUUUCGCCUAAUUGGAAUGUCAGUGCGCAUCUGCCAGCAGGACCAUCGUUGGUCAGGGAAGACCCCUUUCUGUGUGCCUAUCACCUGUGGACACCCAGGCAAUCCAGCCAAUGGCAUCACACAGGGUAGUCAAUUUAACCUCAAUGACAUGGUGAAGUUUGUCUGCAAUGAGGGGUAUGUAGCAGAGGGACCUUCAGGAGCCCAGUGCCUGGCCAAUGGUCAGUGGAGCAACACACUGCCUGUCUGCAGAAUCAUCAACUGCACAGAUCCUGGACAUCAAGAAAAUAGCAUCCGGCAGAUCCAGUCAAGUGGCCCCCACCGUUUCAGCUUUGGAACCACUGUGUCUUAUCAGUGCAACCAUGGUUACUACUUACUUGGGACGCAUGUGUUGACUUGCCAGGGGGAUGGUACAUGGGACCGAUCGCUCCCUCAGUGUCUCUUGGUCUCCUGUGGUCAUCCUGGCUCUCCACCCCAUUCCCAGAUCUCAGGGGACAGCUACACUGUGGGAUCAGUUGUGCGUUACAGCUGCACGGGCAAGAGAACUUUGAUUGGCAAUGCCACUCGAAUGUGCCAGCUGGAUGGACACUGGAGUGGCUCUCUACCACAUUGCUCAGCAGGUAGCAGUGUGGGAAUCUGUGGGGAUCCAGGCAUCCCACCUCAUGGCAUCCGUCUGGGAGAUGAGUUUGUUAUUGGAAGUCUGAUGCGAUUCAGCUGUGAACCUGGCUAUGUGCUCCGAGGGUCAUCAGAGAGGACUUGCCAUAUCAAUGGCUCAUGGAGUGGUACCCAGCCUGAGUGUGAAGUGCUAUCUUGUGGAAACCCAGGAACACCAAGCAAUGCCCGGGUUGUGUUUAAUGAUGGCUUGGUUUUCUCAAGCUCAAUCAUUUAUGAGUGUCGGGAAGGCUAUUAUGCCACAGGCCUGCUCAGUCGACACUGUUCUGUCAAUGGCACUUGGACUGGGAGCUCCCCAGAGUGUACAGUUAUAAACUGUGGUGAUCCUGGAAUUCCAGCUAAUGGAAUCAGACUCGGCAGUGAUUUCACAUAUAACAAGACAGUGACAUACCAGUGUGUCCCAGGGCAUAUGAUGGAAUCUGACAGAGCAUCUUUGUUGAGAUGCACAAAAGACCGGGUGUGGAAUGGUACCAAGCCAGUGUGCAAAGCCAUCCUGUGCAAGGGACCCCCACCUGUUCCUAACGGGAAAAUUGUGGGGUCUGAUUUCAUGUGGGGCUCAAGCGUGACAUAUGCCUGCUUGGAGGGCUAUCAGCUCUCCCUACCUGCUGUGCUCACCUGUGAAGGCAAUGGUUCCUGGAGUGGAGAGCUGCCCCAGUGUUUCCCUGUGUUCUGUGGAGAUCCUGGUGUCCCACCCUAUGGAAGGAGAGAGGACCGAGGAUUCUCUUACAGGUCAUCUGUUUCAUACUCUUGCCCACCCCCUCUAGUGCUAGUGGGCUCAUCAAGAAGGUUCUGUCAAUCAGAUGGGACAUGGAGUGGCACCCAGCCCAGCUGCAUAGAUCCAACUCUUACCAUGUGUGCAGACCCUGGUGUACCUCAGUUUGGAAUGCAGAACAACUCCCAAGGCUACCAGGUUGGAAGUCUAGUGAUUUACCGUUGUCAAAAAGGUUACUUGUUGCAAGGCUCUACCACUAGAACCUGCCUCCCCAACCUUACUUGGAGUGGAACUCCACCAGACUGUGUCCCACAUCACUGUAAGCAGCCAGAGACACCUACACAUGCCAAUGUGGGUGCUCUGGAUUUGCCUUCCAUGGGCUACACACUGAUCUACUCCUGCCAGUCGGGUUUCUCUCUGAAAGGCGGCUCUGAACACCGUACUUGCAAAGCUGAUGGCAGCUGGACAGGGAAACCACCUAUCUGCCUGGCGGAGGUUCGGCCCAGUGGAAGGCCCAUUAGCACUCCCCGGGAGCCACCCAUUACCAAAGCUUCAGUUCCUGGAGAUGUGUUUGCCAAGAACUCCCUUUGGAAAGGGUCCUAUGAGUACAAGGGGAAAAGGCAUCCAACCAUCCUGAGGGUGAUGGGCUUCCAGUCAGCCACGGGCAAAGUCAAUGCCACUCUCAUAGACCAAGAUAGGGUCGAGCUACACAUGUCAGGUAUUUACAAGAAAGAAGAUUUCCAUCUCCUCCUCCAGGUUUACCACAUCAUCAGCCCUAAGGAUGUCUCUGUGAGUCAGUUCAAGGAUGACAAUUGGGCUUUAGAUGGUCACGUCUCUUCAGAGUCUUCAGGAGGUGGCACCUUUGUGUACCAGGGCUUUGUUCGAGGCCAAGACUUUGGGCAUUUUGGUCUUCAGAGAAUUGACCUCAGCCGGCUGGAGACAGAUCCCGAGUCCAUUGGCCGUCACUUGGCUUCCAACAGUAGUUCAGUGGCUGCAGCUAUCCUCGUGCCUUUCAUUGGUCUCAUCAUCGCUGGCUUUGUGCUCUAUCUCUAUAAACACAGGCGGCGACCCAAAGUCCCAUUUAAUGGCUAUGCUGGCCAUGAGAACACCAAUGUCCGGGCCACCUUUGAGAACCCCAUGUAUGACCGCAACCUCCAGCCCACAGACAUCAUGGCUCCUGAGGCAGAGUUCACGGUCAGCACAGUGUGCACGGCUGUAUAGCAGGCACUGCGCUGCUGCUAUUGCCAAGGAGAGCGCCAUCUUCGGCAGCUGUUCUUCACAGGGCAGGACUUGAGCUAACAAUGUGUGCAACAUCACCCUCAUCUGUCUUGUCUUUAUCUGCUGCUGCUGCUGCUGCUGCUACUGCUGCUGGAAUUGCAGACCCUCCACCCCACCACCUUGGAGAUCCAACCCAUUGAACCCUGCAUUUGGAUACAUUUCCUGGGGCAAAGAAGAGGCAGGAAACCCUUAUCGAGGAAAAACAAAAAAACAAAAAACAACAAAGCAUUGUUCCUGGGUGCUUACACAAACACACAUACACACACACACACACUCACACAAUUUUUUUAGUCCUGCAGAAGUGACCAAAGAAGCUGAGAAAUUGUCAUGUACCAUGCCCUUUAUUAGAAUAGAAAGAGAGAUAGCAAAGGGAAGGGUAAAUGAGUUUUAUCUGAGAGGUCCAAGAGAAUAGUCAUCAAACCAAGUAGCAAAAAUUAGAAAUUCCACACCACAGAUAGCAGUAUUUAACUCUUCUCCAGCCUUACCAAACACCCAAAUAUGGAUGCCUCUGUGUCAAGAUUUAUGGGCAAAAAUCAUCCAUUUGCAAAUGGGUUGACUGAUCUGCAGAAUGGAAGUCAGGAGUCAGCCAAGUGUGAAGAAAACUCUGAGGGAGAUUGAAAAAUAAUCAUUUUGUUUUCUUUGCUCCAAACCAGUGAAUUCAAAAUGUCACAAUGAGCCACGAGUAGGAACAGAUAAGGGGAGCCAAGAGGAACCAAGACCAGAAAUCUAGUUAAAAAGGAGGAGUUUAGAAGGAGAGGCCUGCUAAGAAAUGUUUAUGGGGAAAAAACAUGGAGAAUAAUUGCACAGUAACAGUAAAAGAGAUAAAAGAGAUGGAUGGGUUGGUUUUGACCCACACUGAUGAAUAGAAUACCCACAUCAGUGAGAUCACUGAUCCAUUGAGAUCUAAGACACACCAUGGUUGAGGCCAUGGAAUUGAUCAGUGUAGGGAGGCAUAGUGAGAAUAGCAGGUCCAGACAGAAAUGGUUGGGAAGAUGGGAGUUCACAAAGUCAGGGAACAAUAGGGAGGCACUCUGGGUCUAGAGUCUGGGGGUAAGAGAACAGAAGAACAGACAGUUCCUGGUAUUCCAGGAGGCUCCAAAUUUGGCCUGUUUAACCCAGGUAGGGAAAAACAAAUGGAGAAACAAAGCAAUGUUAGGAACAGAGUUGUAGUACCUAUGUUGGAGGGCAAGGUUUGGGCAUGGGUGUGUGUCUAGCAAUGAAGAAGAAUUCUGGCCCUACACUUGUUAAUAGCUGAGCCUUCCAGGACAUUUUUUACAUAAAUGAAUUAAGUUAAUAAGCUUCUCAGUUUUUUAACCUAAUUAAAAGAGGGUUUGAAAAACAUUCUUACUGUUUUAUCUAUUUAACAGUACAAGUAAAAAUAGCUCCGUAAAAUUAACAUUUUGAACUCUGUUUUAUGACUUUAAAAGAUUUUUUUAAGUUGAAUUCAUUAUUUUAAAAGUCCUAAAUUGAACAGGUCCCUAUUGCUCAUUUCUGUUAUGCCAAUUUCUGCAGAGAUAUAUGCUCGAACGUAUAUGUUUGCGUGUGUGUGUGUAUAUGUGUGUUCACACACAUAUAAUGCUUACUCUAAGGUUCAGUCUCCAGCUAAUGUCAACACUGGACACUAACCUUAGCAGUAACCAGAAUUGUCUGGGUCAUGUUAAAUCUUGAAACAGCAAAUAGAAAUAUGCAGCUUUGUCAUCUUUAAAUUGUAUGUGCUUGAAGAUUAGCCGUUGUUAAAUUUUUGUAGUGUGAAUAAGGGUUGGGGAAUGACAAUGAUACCUCUCUAAGCCUUGUCAAUGAGAAACACUCUCUUGGAAAUCUCUAACAUCAGGCUAACGUGGAGAUUGACCAAAGCCAGGAGAAAGCUCUCCAUUGGCAGUAGCUACAGCAUCCAUUAGUGAUAAUGCACAGUAUCUGGGUCAUCGCAGCAGCCCUAGGAAUUAGACAAGGACAGUUCAGCCACACUUACACGUCUGCUUUUCUUCAUUUUGAACAAAAUGCAGAAAGUGAUUUGGCUGCUGUACUGUCUCCCAAUCCCCAGCCCUUUCUCCCACUACAUGCUUCUUUCCAAAUGAUCCAUCUCGUAUUCUCCCCUCUCCUCUUUCCCACUUUUGGAAUUUUCUCUCAAAACUAGGGGAAGAGUGGAGGAGAGAAACCGUUCAUUUGCAAAUGGACAGCCAGGAUCUCCCCAAAUAACAAGAAAAACGGAAGGGGUUUUUCAUGGCUGCCUCAAUCACUACCCAGACUCAAUACUUGCACACCUCCAGCCCAUGGGGAAAAAAAAAAAAAAAAGGAAAAAGAAAAAAAAAAAGAAACUCUUUU